UGUUUCGCGGAACUGUAGCCUAUUGCGGUUAAAGACCCAGUCAUCAUAGACCACAGCAACUCGAGCCGUCCGAUCUGCCUCCGAUCUGUUUGACCUUUGACAAGAGUCAUCUCCGUCGAGGUGCCCUCGUGAGCAUCCCCAACUCAACCACGCUGCGCAAACAUGCCGACAUGAGACACGCCGUUGCGAGGCCGCUGUGGUCCAUCCCCAGGGCCGUUCCCCGAUCACUCAAUUGCUGGCGCAGGGCGUCAUCCAGGGCGUCGUCGACGUUGCAGCAGCCCCACGAAGCCUCGGUUGCGCAACACCACCACCACCACCGCCCGCACCAACACCCGCAGCAACAACAUCGCGAAGGCGAGAGGCACGCUGGCCGGCCCGAGCACGAUGUCGUUCCUCACCUGGCCAAGCAGCCCCUGCACCCGCUGAGCCUCGCGGAUCUUGUCAAGCAUGGCCGCCCUCCGCUCUCAGCUGAGGCCCUCCUCGCAUCCGCCCGGUUCACGCUGUCGCUGCUGCCCAUCCGCCUGGCGCACCGCAUCCAGGCCCUGCGCAACCUCCCCUACAUCGUCGUGUCGAACCCCAAUAUCAGCAAGAUCUACAACAACUACCAACACUCGCUCUCGACGCUACUGCCCUGGCAGGGGCGCACCAUCAGCAACUUGGAAGACGAGAUCCGGUUCACCGAGGUGCUCGCCGAGCUCGUGCAGACACACACCGACACCAUCCCCAUCCUCGCCCGCGGCUUCCUCGAGUGCCGCAAGUACAUCUCGCCUGCUGAGGUGACCCGCUUCCUGGACGAGCACUUGCGCGCCCGCAUCGGCACGCGCCUCGUCGCCGAGCAGCACAUCGCCCUCCACUUCAGCAGCACCCCGCACUUCGACUCCGCCGCGAGCCCGACGCCCUGGCCGGAGCACCCCAGCUACAUCGGCGUGAUUGACACCGCCCUGCGCCCGGCCCUGACCAUCGACUCGUGCGGCGGCUUCGUGGCCGACAUCUGCGAGCUCAACUACGGCGUGCGCCCGCGCUGGAUCGUCGACGGCGAGCCCGACACCACCUUCGCCUUCGUGCCCAUGCACCUCGAGUACAUCGUCACGGAGCUGCUCAAGAACGCCUUCCGCGCGACCGUCGAGAGCGGCAUGAACCGCGAGCCCGUGGUCAUCACCAUCGCGCCGGAGCCGCCGGCGGUCAAGUCCAUCCGCCCGGACCCGCCCAGGGAAUCCCGCGGCGGCGACUUCGACCGCGCCGACGCGAUCGCGCCGCUCGACGACAACGCGCCCGGCGUGACCAUCCGCAUCCGCGACCGCGGCGGCGGCAUCAGCCCGGACGUGCUGCCGCACAUCUGGAGCUACUCGUUCACCACGUUCAGCGAGUCCGACGACGACGACGUGCCGGGCGCCUGGAGCAGCGCCGACGACGCCCUCAGCGUCAUCUCCGCCGCCAGCAACGGCGCCGGCUCCUCCAUCGCCGGCCUCGGCUACGGCCUGCCCCUCAGUCGCGCCUACGCCGAGUACUUUGGCGGCGGCAUCGCCGUGCAGAGCCUGUACGGCUGGGGCACCGACGUGUAUCUGCGGCUGAAGGGGGUCGGCAAGAUAGAGCAGUAAAUAACAUCGCCGAGGAAGGCGUAGGACGGACCUAAAACACUGGGCUGGUUGGGCACUGCGAGUUAGGCAUCUACUGCGGAAUG